UAAAACGAUUACAUAUGCGCAAACAACGUACUUAGUGGAUUGUAGCUUGUUUCUUCUCUCUCCUGUCUGUGAGCCCGGCUGGGUUUAAAGGUUUUGAUGGACAGAGACGUGGAAAGCCCACCCUCGCGCGUCCGCUGGACAAUGCGAUAUCCCGGAGUGGAUCAUCCAGCGGAAUAGAUUCACUUCAAACUAAUACCAGAACCAAUUUAUAAAAGGACUUUGCUAAUACUUAGUGUUUAUUUGGACACACCUAAGCAAAUACACACGCUUGAAUUGCAGUAACUUUUAUGUAAAGCACAACUUCUGUGCCACAGCGUAGGUUUAUUGCUUAAUGACCUAUUUAUGCCUACAGGAGUUUACUUUCACAUGUAUAACCUGCGUUUGAUAUUUCUAUCGGGCACCGAAAGUAAACAUUUAUAUAACAUAAUGGCGUUAGAUGAGUUCUUGAUUAAUGCGUGUAUUGAUUUAAUGCAUGUUUCCUGUAUGGGAAUCUGAAUAAAUGAUGCAAGUCGCAUGUAACAGCACUGGUUUAAAACGAAUCUUGGAGAAUCCGUUCCGGAUUUUUCUUCGGCUCUGACUGGAUGAUUUGUGUGUAUACGGAGCACACGGGGCAGAUAGAGGAGAGAGACGGGUAUGGAUCCGUAGCUCUUGCGGCUGUCCGUCUCGUUUCCCGGGACUCUCGUUUUGAGUACAGCGAGGCUUGCAUGGUGCAUUUGAAUGAGAACAGGAGCGCACAGCGGCGGAAAACAAAGACGCAAAGGAGCAAGCUGGCUGCGCGGCGGGGGAUGCUCGGCACAAUAGCGAAGACCACACUCUUCUGCUUCAGGAGGACAGUGUUGCAAUAACAUUUCCCUCCAGACAAACAAGCCUCGCUGCGGGGAACAGGAAUUUGAAGCCGGACUUUACUUUUCAGGGCAAAUAUGAGGACGGGCUUUGAACUGGACGUCUAGGCGACUUUUAGGAUUUUUAGAAAGCGCAUAUAGUCAAAUGACAGUCUCAAAAACGCACCGGCACAGCAAAGGAAAAUCAGCUUGGAUUUUGGGCACCACAGCGAUUUUGAUCUGAUAUUGUUUAUUAUUAUUAUUAUUAUUAUUAUUAUUAUUGUAGUCAUUAAUAUUAUUAUUAUUAUGUGCUCUGGAAAUCACCAGCUGUGGGUGAAAUCACGCCAGGAACAUAUUUGACUUUGUUUAUUGUCAUAUUUAAAUUAAUUUUCUUGUAUUUGGGUUCUGAAGAAUGUACGUACUUGAUGGUAAUUACCCGGAAAGGAUGGAGCGGGGCACGCCACAAAGGAAAACCGUAUACAGGAUAUCUUUGACACUAGUGAAAAAAGAAACUCUGCAGGAUGGCGGAGGCUCAGCGCACCGGCGGCUGGAGAACCCUAAAGUGAGCGCGUACCGGCGCGAGGGAGCCGCUGACGCUCAGCGCAGCUCCCCGCUGGAAGAACUGAAAGAAGUGGAGGACGAGACGGACGAGUUUUCUGCACACUCUUACAUGAGGAACUUCAGGACAUUCAGUACUGGACAUCUAGAGUUGGGCAGGUUGAAAAUCUCAAGGCGGGCUCAGCAUUUACACAAAGACAAGGAAUUAAAUGAAACGUGCAUCCUCCCAGAGAAUGGACAGAGCAAGGUCACUGAAAAUGGGGCACUAGUGCACAAAAAGGUUGAAGAUAUUGCUUCAGAAAAUGACAGAUUGAAUUGUGAUGCUGAGCAUGGAGAAAUCUGCAGCAUAGAUGCUUCUAAUAGAGAAAACACAAGCAUUCGAAAGAAAAUCCUGAAGACUUCUCGGAGCACAGAGGAACCGGUCAGUACAUGGUUAGAUGAGACCUCUGAGGGUGGCAGGAUGGCCAAAGAGAGCUGCAUCUCUUCUUUGCUGGCAAAAGGGAAUGGUAAAUCGCCCAAACCAGCACCUGAAACCCCUCCGGCAAAGAGGCACCCAAGCCUGCUGCGGCGAAGUUUCAGCUUUCGCCACUGGACGGGUGGAGAGUUGAUCCGCAUACGGGCUCUCUCCAAGAAGAAGCACCACAGCAGCUCGGGCUGCAUUGGCCGCGAUGGAGAAAACAGUGAAGCCCAAGCUGGCGUGGUUCUGCAAAACAUGGCUUUUGCCGAGUCUGAGUCCACUGAAAAGCGAAACACCUUGGAUGUGGGUGAGGUCCUAAACAAAACAGACUCCGUGACUGAACUAGGCCGCAGGGAGAGGAUGAAGGGCAAGAAUCGAACGCUGGACAACAGUGACCUACUCAAGCUUUCGGAUAAAGCUUUGAUGGACAAGGAGGGUUUCAUUAGAGGGACAGGCUCCCGUUCCAGUGGACAGGAACGUAAACUCAUCCGAUUCUUCAGUGGUAUCUUUUCAAAGCGAGAUGGGACAUCCACGCCGCUUGGCAGUCCAAGCAACCGUGGUCUCCGGAAGAACGGCCUACUGGGAAGUCAGCGGCGAUCAGAAAUUAGCUACUCUCAGUCCAGCACCGAAAGUGUUAACGGAUGCCAACCGGACGAUGCCUUUGUCAACAGUCAGGAGUGGACACUCAGUCGCGCCGUACCAGAGCUCAAAGUGGGCAUUGUGGGUAACUUGGCCAGUGGGAAGUCUGCCCUGGUGCACAGGUAUCUGACAGGGACCUACGUGCAAGAAGAGAGCCCUGAAGGAGGACGUUUUAAAAAGGAGAUCGUAGUGGAUGGACAAAGUUACCUCCUCCUAAUCAGGGAUGAAGGGGGACCUCCGGAGGCUCAGUUUGCGUUGUGGGUAGAUGCGGUGAUUUUUGUAUUCAGUCUGGAAGAUGAGAUCAGCUUUCAGACGGUCUACCACUACUAUAGUCGCAUGGCCAACUACCGCAACACAGCAGAGGUGCCCCUGGUGCUUGUGGGAACUCAGGAUGCUAUCAGUGCAGCUAACCCUCGUGUCAUCGAUGACACCCGCGCUCGCAAACUGUCCAACGACCUGAAGAGGUGCACAUAUUACGAGACCUGUGCUACCUACGGCCUCAACGUGGAGCGCGUCUUUCAAGAUGUGGCUCAGAAAAUAGUUGCGACCCGGAAGAAACAGCAACUGUCAAUCGGACCCUGUAAGUCACUGCCCAAUUCUCCAAGCCACUCCUCCGUCUCCGCAGCGCCUGUGUCCGCAGUGCAUAUCAGCCAGACCAGUAAUGGUGGAGGCAGUUUGAGCGAUUACUCUUCUUCCGUGCCAUCCACUCCCAGUACCAGUCAGAAGGAACUACGUAUCGAUGUACCCCAAACCGCCAACACCCCUACGCCUGUCCGCAAACAGUCCAAACGGCGCUCCAACCUCUUUACGUCUCGGAAGGGAAGCGAACCAGACAGGGAGAAGAAAGGGAUGGAUGGCCGCGCAGACAGCAUUGGAAGUGGCCGCGCUAUCCCAAUUAAACAGGGCAUGUUGCUGAAAAGAAGCGGCAAGUCACUGAACAAGGAGUGGAAGAAGAAAUACGUCACGCUUUGUGACAAUGGACUCCUCACGUAUCAUCCUAGUCUGCAUGAUUAUAUGCAGAAUGUUCAUGGGAAGGAGAUCGACCUGCUGCGGACUACAGUGAAGGUUCCAGGGAAGAGGCCCCCUAGGGCCAUCUCCACAUGUGCGGCCCUCAGUCCCAAAACCAAUGGGAUGACCAAGGACAUGAGCAACCUGCAGCUUGGACAGACACCAGGAUCUGUGACCAGUAGUUCUUCAGCGUCUCAGAUGGCGAGUGGCAUCAGUCUGGUGUCGUUUAACAGUCGGCCGGAUGGGAUGCAUCAGCGCUCGUAUUCUGUGUCCAGUGCUGACCAAUGGAGUGAUGCCACAGUUAUCGCCAACUCAGGAAUCAGCACGGAUACCGGUCUGGGAGAUUCUGUGUGUUCCAGUCCAAGCAUAUCCAGUACCACCAGUCCUAAGAUAGAUCCACCUCCAUCGCCUCACGCCAACCGCAAAAAACACAGGAGGAAGAAGAGCACCAGCAACUUCAAGGUGGAUGGCUUCUCUGGAAAUGCAGAAGAACAAGAGGACAACUUUGAGUUCAUCAUCGUUUCUCUGACGGGACAGACCUGGAAUUUUGAGGCAACGUCCUAUGAGGAGCGGGACGCAUGGGUUCAGGCUAUUGAGAGCCAGAUUCUGGCGAGUCUGCAGUCCUGUGAAAGCAGCAAACAGAAGUCUCGUCUGAGCAGCCAAUCAGAAGCCAUCGCUCUGCAGUCAGUCAGGAACAUGAGAGGAAACACGCGCUGUGUGGACUGUGAAGCCCAGAACCCUGAUUGGGCCAGUCUGAACCUGGGGGCUUUGAUUUGUAUAGAAUGUUCAGGCAUUCAUCGCAACCUGGGUACUCACCUGUCUCGUGUGCGCUCUUUGGACCUGGACGAAUGGCCUCUAGAGCUCAUCAAGGUCAUGUCGGCCAUCGGCAAUGAGUUGGCUAAUAGUGUGUGGGAAGCCAAUGCUCAAGGACGCCUAAAGCCUGCCCCUGAUGCCACCAGAGAGGAACGUGAGCGCUGGAUCAGAGCCAAAUAUGAGCAGAAGUUGUUUUUGGCAUCGCUGACGUGCACAGAGCUGACUUUGGGACAGCAGUUACUGCGGGCCACGGCGGAGGAAGACUUGCGCUUCGUGGUCAUACUGCUGGCCCAUGGCUCCAGAGAUGAGGUCAAUGAAACCUGUGGGGAAGGUGAUGGCCGGACAGCCCUGCACUUGGCCUGCCGCAAGGGAAAUGUUGUGAUCACGCAACUGCUCGUAUGGUACGGUGUUGACAUCAUGGCACGGGAUGCUCACGGCAAUACGGCACUGGCAUACGCACGGCAGGCUAACAGUCAGGAGUGCAUGGAUGUCCUCCUGCAGUACGGCUGUCCUGACGAGCGUUACCCACUCAUGGCCACCCCAAACCUGUCACGCAGAAACAAUAACCGCAAUAACAGCUGCAGCAGCAUGAACAGUGCAGUUAUAUGAGAAGUACACUCACAUACACAUGAACAUGUAUUCUGGUCAGCACUCCUCCUCCCUCCCUACACACACUCUUUCACAUGUACAGCUGCACCACUACAUCAGAAUCAUGAGACUAUACCGGACUCAAGGGACAGCCCCCGACCGACACUGAUGAAGACGCAUGAGCAGAUCUACUGUGUUUGCCUGACUUUACAAUCCCACUGGUUGAAAAAGUUGUCAUGGGCAAGGGCUUGGCCAGUCAUGUGUCAUCCAUUUUUUUUUUUUUUUGGGAGAGUGUCCCACAUCCAGUGUCUCGCUGCAUUGUGGAACAAAAAUUCAAACAAUCCCGGAAAACACCAGGUUUUCUGACUGUGCCAGGUGCAUGCUGGGAGAAUAGAGUGUGUGUUUGGUAACUGAUGAGCAGGUGUCAUAUCAGUCUAAUAAAUGACAAAGCAAGACAGGAAAUGAUUGAGCAGCAUGGGAUACUUUUAAGCUGGAUCUUUAAAAUGACCCAGAAGAACCAGAGAACUUCACUUGGUCGCCGUGUGUUUCUGAACUUCCAUCUCACCACUCUGACACUGAUUUUUCUGUCUGAUCUUAUUUUCUCAGACUUGUUUUUGCAUCCGUUCUAUGCCCAUUAGGACUUUUUUUUUUUUUUUAUUGAGCCCUGAGUUUGAAUCUGACAUGGUCUUUAAACUGUUUUUGUUUUACGUUGUUGAGUAGCGUUUGUCUAAGUGCUCAUUACUGGACCAACGGCAGAUUCUUAAAAACAAGUAUUUUAAGAUUCAUGUUCCUCAGAAGUAAAAGGGAAUUGUGUUUUUAUUUUCAUCAGCUUUUAUUCAGCAGAUUUUUUUACCUUAAAACAUUAAUCUAGCCAUAUAUGUCGCCCAUACGUCAACUCGCUGUUUACUUGAGCUUACAGUAAAGUUUGCAGGCAUUUCAGAAGUGAAAUAACCCAUCCAGAAUCCAGAAUUUAGAAGUGCAGGACUGAAGCUCAGUCGUUCAGAUCUCCACAGAGUAUCAGGAAAACACAGGACUGAACCUCAUGUAUCUCAAAGAAGAGAAGGGCUCUCUGGGUCUUCAGUCCCGAUCUGUACAUACUCUUCUUCCUUUUCUCUCUCUUCUUCUAUUUUUUUUUUCUAAGUAGUGUACUAUAUAGUAAAGCUUUUCAAGAAAACUCUCCCCCUGACAAAAGGCGUUAUUAUAUAGUUUUACCUCACCCCCUUCUUGUUUCAGUGCAGUCUGAAGUUGCAAUUGUGCCUGUCUGAGUCGACUUCACUCUUUCCGCUCCCUUUCUCUGAAUCGUUCUUCAUAGCUUAGUUUUCCUCUUUGCCUUUGUCUUCUUCCUUUAUUACGUGUCAAUGAGUAUUAAAGCAAUACAAAGUCAAAAUUCAGCCAGGUAGACACAUGAGUAAUAGUUUUUGACCGCGUUUUGGACAUCACCACACUAGUCUGCGCUGCCGUUGUUAUUAAGAGAUGUAAACCCGAUGUAAGACUCUGUCUCAGGGCGUAUAUGUCAUUACUGGAGAUCCCAUGAAGGCUUUGAUAUUGACUUAUUCCAUAAUGUGAUUUGAUGGGUUUGAUCAUUUAAUCUCAGCUGCCAUUGAUUUUACUCUUCACUUGGUAGUAGAAAUGUGAAGGUACUUGUCUUAGGGUUGAAGAUGGGAGAAGAUCUGUGUUGUCGAAUGUAUAUUCCACAAAACAAACGAUCUGGGAAGUCGAUUUGAUAGACAUUUGGGACUGUGUAGAGAAUCUUUCUGAGCUUUCAAAGGCUUUAGUGAAGGAUGUGAGAAUAGAAAUAAAGUUAGAGGUAUGUUGAUUUUCAGCUCGUAAGCGUGCAGUUUUUGCAUUGUGUAUAUAUAACGUAGCAGGCCUUUAGAGGCUUUACCACAAUAACCAUUAUUUAUGACUAAAUGCACUACAGAACACAGAUCACUUGUGAAGAACCCACAAAAUAAUGUCCACUCUGAAUCCUUUUUGUGGAAAAACACUUGUUUUUGAUCUUUUUGCAUGAAUGGAUGUAAAUGUUCUCUUCCUUGUGUAAAUGUCUUCGUCUUCAUAAAAAUGACUGUACCCUGACAGGUGACGCUAAAGAGUCUGCCAUUUUAAUCUGAAAAAAUACUUUUUAUCAACUUUCUUCUUUUUUUGUCUGUCCUCCCAUCUGCUUCUUGUGUAAUUCUUCUCCUUGGGUAAAACAUCUUUUUGGAUCAUCUGUCCAUCUGUAACUGAAUAAAGAAGGCAUGAAUGAGCAAAAUAAACAAAAAUUACAAGCAAAUAAUGCAGACUUAAAUGGGGCUUUAUCAUUACGUUCCAAGUUGCUUGAAAAAAUUCUCAGUUUUAUUUGCAUUUCCAUUCACCAGUCAUCGCUUUGUGUAAAUAGAUGUAAAAAUUGAGAAAAACGUAGUGUUUUUACCUUGUUUUUGUUUGUUUGUUACCUCAUUUCAAUGACAGUCUCCAUGUUAAGUUCAAACCCAAGAGACCUGUUUAAUUAUUUAUGAAUAUGCUAAUCUGAAAGGGGAGGAGCUCUCGCACACUACUUGGGUUUUGCAUUUGUUCCUUAAUUUAGUACAUUGGCAUCACAACUAUCAUUCUGAUUCAAAUUAUUGGUGUUGUAUUUCUAAUUAUUAUUGUUAUUAUAUUGAGUUUGUGUCAGCUGUACAGUACUGUGUUGAAAAAUUAUACCUGAUGCAGAGUCUUAUACUGUAUGUGUCUCUUUUCAAUAAAAAGCUUCUUAAUAUAA